UCCCGCCCCCUCUCCUUGCGUGCGGGGCUUGGCGGGCGGCGUUUGGCGCGCUGUACUGUAAGGCAUUGAAGUUUUCCUGGCCGGUGCUUGGCAUAGCAUGAUGGCGCAGGGCAUGCCAGCCGGUUUCCCCACUGUGCAGGCAGGGCUGCGGGAGGCCUUGUUGGAGACCCUGAGUGGCAUCCUGUCUCCGGGACACGAGGUGCGGGCGGCGGCGGAGGAGCAGCUGAAAGUGCUGGAAGUGACGGAGGAAUUCGGCGUGCACCUGGCUGAGCUGACGGUGGAUCCACAAGGUGCUCUGGCUAUCAGGCAGCUGGCGUCAGUGGUUUUGAAGCAGUAUGUGGAAAAUCAUUGGUGUUCUCAAUCGGAGAAAUUCAGGUUACCUGAGACUACUGAAAGGGCUAAAGUAGCAAUCCGUCACCUGCUUCCUCGAGGACUUAGAGAGUCCAUAAGUAAAGUACGUUCCAGUGUAGCAUAUGCAGUGUCUGCUAUUGCACAUUGGGAUUGGCCUGAAGCCUGGCCGCAGCUUUUUAACCUGCUCAUGGAGAUGCUAGUAAGCGGUGAAGUCAGUGCUGUCCAUGGUGCCAUGAGAGUCUUGACAGAGUUCACUCGUGAGGUGUCUGACACACAAAUGCCUUUGGUAGCUCCUGUCAUUCUCCCAGAGAUGUACAAGAUCUUUACUAUGAGCGAGGUAUAUGGAAUUCGUACCCGUUCUCGAGCUGUGGAGAUUUUUACUACAUGUGCACACAUGAUCUGUACGAUGGAGGAGCUGGAAAAGGGUGUGGCGCAUGCGCUCAUCUUUCCAGUGAUACAGCAAUUCACAGAGGCAUUUGUCCAGGCCCUACAAAUGCCUGAUGGCCCCACUUCUGAUAGUGGCUUAAAGAUGGAGGUGUUAAAGGCUGUCACUGCACUGGUUAAGAACUUCCCUAAACACAUGGUGUCCUCAAUGCAGCAGAUUCUACCUAUUGUAUGGAAUACAUUGACUGAGAGUGCAGCUUUUUAUGUUCGGACUGAAGUAAAUGAUACAGAAGAGAUAGAGGAUCCGGUGGAUUCAGAUGGUGAAGUCUUAGGUUUUGAGAACCUGGUAUUUAGUAUAUUUGAAUUUGUGCACACAUUGCUGGAGAACAAGUUCAAAGGAACUGUGAAGAAAGCUCUGCCUGAACUGAUUUAUUAUAUUAUCCUUUACAUGCAGAUCACAGAAGAGCAGAUAAAGGUGUGGACCGCAAAUCCGCAGCAGUUUGUUGAGGAUGAAGAUGACGACACCUUUUCUUACACUGUCCGGAUAGCAGCUCAGGAUCUUUUACUGGCAGUUUCUAGUGAGUUCCAGAAUGAAAGUGCAGUUGCACUUGCUGCUGCUGCCACUCGUCACUUCCAGGAGGCUGAACAAAUAAAGAAUCAAGGUGUAGAGCACUGGUGGAAGAUACAUGAAGCAUGUAUGCUGGCCUUGGGUUCAGUGAAGUCUAUUCUUACCGAGGGCGUUCAGAGUGGAAGAGUCCAGUUUGAUAUGCCUGGAUUUUUGACUGGAGUUAUUCUUUCAGAUCUCAACCUUUCAGUUUCACCCUUCCUACUUGGACGCUCUCUCUGGGCAGCAAGUCGAUUCACAGCUGCUAUGUCUCCUGAAUUGAUACAGCAGUUUCUCCAGGCAACAGUGAGUGGACUUCACGAUAAUCAGCCACCAUCCGUGCGCAUUUCUGCUGUCAGAGCUAUAUGGGGGUAUUGUGAUCAGCUCAAGAUCUCGGAAAGCACCCAUGUUCUUCAACCCUUUCUGCCCAGUGUGGUUGACGGACUUAUACACCUUGCAGCACAGUUCACUUCAGAAGUGUUGAAUUUAGUAAUGGAAACCCUGUGCAUUGUCUGCAGUGUGGAUCCAGCAUUUACUGCCAAUUCUGAAUCUAAGAUCUGUCCUUUUACCAUUGCCAUCUUCCUCAAGUACAGCAAUGAUCCUGUUGUUGCAUCUUUGGCACAAGACAUUUUUAAAGAACUGGCUCAGAUAGAGGGCUGCCAGAGUGCCAUGCAAAUGCGACUCAUUCCAACUCUUGUUAGCAUAAUGCAGGCUCCUCCUGAGAAAAUUCCAAGUGGUCUCUGUGCCACCUCAAUUGAUAUUUUGACCACAGUUGUGAGGAACACAAAACCACCUCUUUCAGAACUUCUUAUCUGUCAAGCUUUUCCUGCAGUCGCUCAGUGUACCCUGCGUACAGAUGACAAUACAAUCAUGCAGAAUGGUGGCGAGUCUCUUCGCGCCUAUGUUUCGGUUGCACUGGAGCAAAUUGCACAGUGGCAGGAUGAUCAAGGACACAGUGGUCUUUGGUAUGUCAUGCAAGUAGUUAGCCAGCUUCUGGACCCUCGAACAUCUGAAUUCACAGCGACAUUUGUGGGGCGUCUUGUAUCUACUCUUAUUUCUAAGGCUGGUCGCGAGUUGGGUGAAAAUUUGGACCAGAUUUUGAGAGCAAUUCUCAGCAAGAUGCAGCAAGCAGAGACUCUCAGUGUCAUGCAGUCCUUGAUCAUGGUUUUUGCACACCUUGCAAACUCGCAGUUGGAGCCAUUGCUUGAAUUCCUUUGCAGUCUUCCUGGCCCUACUGGUAAACCAGCUCUAGAGUUUGUCAUGUCAGAGUGGAUGAGUCGACAGCAUUUGUUCUAUGGGCAGUAUGAAGGCAAAGUCAGCUCAGUAGCUCUUUGCAAAAUUCUUCAGUAUGGCAUUACUAUGGAUGACAAGAGACUUCAAGAUAUCAAAGUAAAAGGAGAUGAAAUAUUUGAUAUGCAAGAAGGUAUCCGCACUAGAUCAAAGACAUCCAGAAACCCUCAACGCUUUACAACCAUACCUUUAUUGAUUAAGAUUUACAAAUUGAUAAUUAACGAAUUGUCAAGUGUAAUUGAAGCCAAUGCAACUAGAAAUGUAGAAGAGGAAUGGGCCCAAGGUAACGAUGAUACCAGUGAUAUGUGGGAAGAUGAGGAUGAUGAUGAUGAAGGUUUGGCUGGACAGCUUUUAUCCGACAUAAUUUCUGGCAAUAAAUAUGAUGAAGAUUAUUAUGAGGAUGAUGAAGAGGAUGAUCCUGAUGUACUGAAGGACCCACUAUACCAAAUUGAUCUGCAAACAUACCUGACAGAAUUUCUGCAACAGUUUGCCCAGCAACCUUGUUACUCUGCUUUCUCUAAUCUUUUGAAUGACAAUGAACGUCGAAUCCUUCAGUCAAUUGGUAUAUGAGAGAUCAGCAUUCAGCAAAUGAGAAAUCCCAAUCAAGCACUUACUGCCAGGCCCGAUUGCUGGUUGUACAAGCUGAGAAACUGACCCACUCUGUUUCGAGGGGUGGAACCCUGUAGAUGUCGUCUAUUUUUUAUUUUUGUUUCAGAUUUGGAGAGACUCCUAUAUUGCCAUAAACAUAAAACAGAUAAUAGGGUUAUUGUGGCAAACUGAGUGGUAAGAAGUGCGGCAGUGAGUAGCUGUAGUCUCAACUCUCUCAUGAAUUGUACAGUGUGACAUUAAACUGAGGUCACUGGUAACCAGCAACACAGUCCACAACAUUUAGCACUAUGGUUCUAGUACGUCUCCAGUCGGUAAUACAUUUUUCUACCAUAGUAAUAUUUGAAAAGUACAUGGUGCCUUUUACUAUAAUGCAUAGUAUUAAUAAUGUAAAAGGGCGAAAUGCUGUUGAGUGGCAAGUCAACUUCUGUCCUUUGGGUCUAGUCACCUGCUCUCAGGCUGGAAAGUGUGGUAAGGGGAAGGGGCAAACCACAGUAGCCAGGUCUUUUUGUGCUGCUAUAGAAUAAUGUACUGUCUGUAAGAGCGCAGUAAGAAAAUCAGGUCACUGAGGAUUUAGUUGGAUCCUUUGGUUUUCUCUUUGUUAUAGAUUUCUUAAAAUAUUUGCAAAAAGGAUCCAUAUUUCUGAAGGUUUUUAAACCAGUCUGAGCAGUGAAAUAUGUUAUACUAAUUAUCCCCAAUUUAAGGACUUGCUAAAUAGCAACCGAGAAACGGCAAAGGCACUUCAUGAAGGAGGUACUCUUUAAUCAUGUGCCGGUAUAUGCAUAUCAGUUUACAAACAAAUCAGUGAAUCUGAAGACAUUUGAUGUGUUUUCUCCUACGUCCGUCAAGAAAAAUAAAAUAUAUAAAUAAUUUAUAUCAUGUAAGGUCUCAGACAUAUUCUGUAAUAUUAACAAAGACAUGUCUAGGUGUUUGCCAAGCAAAACGUAUAUUUGGAACAGUGUUACAUAGGCUGAUGAAAUGAACAGCCUGUGACAGGUAAACUACUUUGAUUAUUGAUUAAUUUCCAUUCCACUGUAGCUAUGUUAAAAGAACUCCCACCCAAAAAUUUUCUCUGACCUGCUAGAAAGGUACAUGAUAUAACCUGUAGCGACUAAUUUUCUUACCAGUGACUGUCUUUGUGAGUUAUCCUCUCCCUUCUGCUUCUCAGCUGUGUCAUGUGACCAGCAAUCAGGCUCCAAAUAACACAGCAUCUUGUGUGUGGACAGGAAGUCAGUUUCUCUAUGUAUUCGUAUGGGAGCCUCGGUCUCAUAGGAGUUAAUAGAGACAUAACUGGCUUCCUGUCCUGUCAGUUGGAGAUCAGAGAGUUGGUCAAAUGACACAAAUACAGUCACUGACGAGAAGAUCACAUUCACUACAGCUUACACUAUGUACCUUUCUAGCAGGGCACAGAAUAAAAUGUUUACCAACUGAAUUGAAGUUGUUUUUUUUGUUUUUUUUUUGUAUUUCCCCUGCACAAAAAUGUUAAUCGGUAAGUCUACUUUCACAAUGGCGUUUUGGCUUUCCGUUUCUGAGAUCAGUCAUGGGCUCUCACAAGUGGUCCAAACGGAUCAGUUUUGCCCUAAUGCAUUCUGAAUGGAAAAGGGUCUGCUCAGAAUGCAUCGGUUCACUCUCCAUUCCACUCUGGAGGCGGACACCAAAAUGCUGUCUGCAGCAUUUUGCUGUCUGCUUGACAAAAUGUUGCCAAACAGAUCUGCCCUGACACACAAUGUAAGUCAAUAGGGACGGCUCCGUUUUCUGACACAAUAGAAAACUGAUCCGUCCUCCAUUGAUUUUCAAUGGUGUUCAAAACUGAUCCGUCAUGUCUAUAGAAGACAUAACC